CUUGCAUAUUCUGUAAAUGUUCUUGCAUAUUCUGUAAAUGAAGAACAUUAAUUUCAAUGUAAUUUUGGGAUUCUUUUGGCCAUUUUUGUGUAAAAUUGAUGGGACGUACUAUUAUGUAGGGGAGGAUUUGGCCAAGUAUCAACACUUGGCUAUAGUUUGUCCAUUUUGUUGGGAGCAAGGAUGAGAGUGUCGUACUUUAUUAAGGGUGGAGAUUGGAUGACCAGUUGAAAAUCACCUAUAAUGAUCCACUUUCAUCGUUUGAUGAUGCAAUCUCCACUUUUUGUGAUCGGUGAUGUAUGAAUUGCAGGAUCUUCUCCUUUUGGAAUUACAGUAACUUGCAAAGGAGUGUACCCUUUGUAAAAGGAUCACUGCACACACAAACACACACAUAUUCAUACAUGGAAAACAAAACCUUUCACAUAGCUAUGUACCCGUGGUUUGCCAUGGGCCACCUCACUUCCUAUCUUCAUAUCUCCAACAAACUUGCUGAGAGAGGCCACAAAAUCUCUUUCAUCAUACCCAGCAAUACACAGCCCAAGGUGGAGCAUUUCAAUCUCCAUUCAGACCUCAUCAACUUCAUCUCUGUCAAUGUCCCACACGUUGACGGCCUCCCUCCCGGCACUGAAACCACCGCAGAUGUUCCAUAUCCAUUGCAUUCUCUAGUCAUGACCGCCAUGGAUCUCACAAAACCCAUCAUUCAAGCUUGUCUUGAAGACCUCAAACCUAACUUUGUUUUCUUUGAUUUUACUCAUUGGUUACCGGCCUUGGCUCGCCCUUUGGGCAUAAAGUGCAUACAUUAUUGCACCAUAAGCCCUGCAACUGUUGGUUACUUGUUAAGCCCAGCACGAAGACUCUGUGACAAACAUUUGAAUCCAGCUGAUUUAAUGGAGCCUCCGCUUGGUUUUCCACUUUCAUCUAUCAAGUUCAAGAAGCCGGUGAUACUAGCUGGGCCAGUUGUGCCAGAGCAGCCAACUUCAACCCUAGAAGAGCAAUGGGCAAAGUGGCUGGACAAUUUCAAAGCUAAGACUGUCAUUUUCUGUACAUUUGGAAGUGAGUGUAUGCUUAAAAAGGAUGAGUUUCAAGAACUGGUUGUUGGUUUGGAGCUAACAGGUAUGCCCUUUUUCGCUGCCCUAAAAACACCUGUGGGCACUGAAACGAUUGAAUCGGCUUUGCCUGAAGGGUUUCAGAGGAGGACUGAAGAGAGAGGAGUGGUUCAUGGUGGUUGGGUUCAGCAACAGCUGAUAUUGGGACACCCUUCAGUGGGCUGCUUUGUGACCCACUGCGGUUCGGGUUCGUUGUCGGAAGCUAUGGUGAAUGAUUGCCAGUUGGUGCUAAUACCACAUGUGGGUGAUCAAAUCAUCAAUGCAAGAUUGAUGGGUGGGGAUUUGAAAGUUGGAGUGGAGGUUGAGAAGGGUGAAGAGGAUGGUAAUUUUACUAGGGAGGGUGUGUGCAAGGCAAUAAGGUUGAUAAUGAAUGUUGAUGGUGAAGUAGGGAAGGAGGUAAUGGCUAACCAUGCAAAAUGGAAGGACUUCUUAUUAAGCGAGGGGCUUGAGAGCUCUUAUAUUGAUAGUUUUAUUCAAAAAUUGCAUGGUCUUUUGGAAUAUUAA